UGAAGGAGGAAAUUUAUACCAUGAAUCAGAGAUCCGCGGUGUAAAUUUAGCAUGCUCACCUUGAGGCACAUUUUUAAAUUUUUGUCAUAACUGUUUUGAAGUGGUCAGGAUUUGAAGUGGCGCUGGCCCGCGGCCAAACGAAGCUUCUCAUCGCGAAGUGUUAAUAAGACCCAAUUUACGUGCAACAUAUUUUCGAGCUGAAUUGAUACCAAAUAUUUUCUGCAUCCACAAAUAUCAGCUCGCAGCGGAUUCCAUAUGGCCGAAACCGAAGGGGCAAAUGGGAUUUCUCUGGGGGAAACACGGUUCCAUGGCGUAGACACGAAUGUAGGUGUCUGCGCAAAUGGACAGGAUGUAGAACAAUGCUCGACCAACGACCGGAAAUCCAUAUACAUGGACACAUACAAACACCUGAUCCAUUUGAUUUGGAUAUAGUAUGUACGAAAUUAUUAUUUCAAUUGCGCAGCAUCACAGAACAACGCGCUACGAAAAAACCAACAAUAUCCGUCACGAAUAACAAAUGAUUUUCCACGUUAUUUACGUCUUCCUUACCCUCGCCGUUUCCUCCCUCAGAUCACAGUCCGGUAGAGAUCGAAGACCUUCCAUCAGCAUCCCUCAAGGAAGCGUUGUUGGGACAAAACUGUACGGUGAUUCAGGAAAAGUAUCUUUUGCUUAUUAUGGAAUUCCUUACGCUACUCCACCUAUUGGCCCUUUGCGCUUCCAGCCUCCUCAAAAGCACAGAGGUUGGAACGGCACCUUGCAAGCCUACCAAUACGCUCCGAGGUGUCCGCAGUUGUCUUCCAUGGAUAACUACAAUGAAGACUGCCUAUACCUAAACGUGUGGAUUCCUGAAAAUGCCCAAAGGUACGGUUCGGUUCCAGUGUUGAUUAUUUUUGAAGGAUUUGAGUACGCGAAGAGCAACAAAAUUCCCAUUCCUGGACAGAAUCUGGCCAUGGAGGGUAUUGUAGUGGUAACGGUGAAUUACCGUUUAAACGUAUUCGGGUUUAUAUGCAUUGGAACAGCGGACCUUCGCGGGAACCUUGGCCUGAUGGAUCAGUAUCUAGCCAUGGUUUGGGUAAAAGAGAAUAUACCGCAUUUCGGUGGAGAUUCGGAUAAAGUAACGCUUUUCGGACAUUUGUCCGGUGGUGCUAGCGUGGUCUAUCAUAUGAUAUCACCUAGGACUUCGGGACUCUUUCAAAAAGCUAUUUUAUCGUCGGGAAGCGUUUUAUCACCCUGGCACGCGCCUACUACAAACUUCCAUGCAUCGCAGAAAGUAAUAAAAAAUUUAGGUUGCGAUAGCUACACCGAACUUCUACAAUGUUUGAGAACUAAAUCUACUCAAGAUAUAUUGAAAGCUUAUGAGGAAUAUAUAGAGUCGGGAUAUGCUCCGGAAUCGUUUAUGCCCGUGGUUGAUACCUUUCUUCCGGCAUCCGAUCAAUACUUACCUAUAGAGCCAUCUCGCGCAUUUAAAGAAGGAACUUACAUACAAGUUCCUCUCUUAACAGGAAUAUCGAAACCAGUUGCAGAUCCUCAAUUUAGCCAGUGGAUGGAGCUGGCGAGCCAAGGGUCUAUGAACUUGCAGCAGUUCAUGGAACAACUAAAGAUACCGGAGAUACUCCGACGUUAUCAAUUUAUAAACAAAGAAGAAAUUGCUGAGCUUCUGAAGUGGCGUUACGUGAUGCCUGCACAACAGGAUGCUCGUUCUCUGUUGGAACAACUGAAAACUUUGGAUUUCGAGGCCAAGAUACAGGGACCAGAGAUUUCACAGCUUAAGGAAUUAUCAGAAACUUAUAGUCAACCAAUUUAUGCUUACUUUAUAGAUGAAGUUGGAUUUGUAUUGAAUGCAACAGAUUCAUCUUUUACGACGGAUCUUCUUCUCCUCUUUGGGCCGUUUCUCCUCAAUCAAUUAGGAAGGAGAAGAUUCACUUCGAACGAAACUAAAUUCAGUACGCAUUUAAAGCAACUGUGGACUAAUUUUAUCAUAUUCGGUAAUCCAACUCCAAAUAAUCAUAAAAUAUGGAGAACGUAUAGCCAUAACGAUUAUUACGUGGAGGAGUUCAAUGAAUUUUUAAAUAAAUGGACAAACAAUAGCAUUGAAAAAUAUAGGAAAAUAUCGUUUUGGACUGAGCUUCUACCAAAAAUGAAGAUGCUUUCAGAUUUGAAUUCGAAACCAAAAGAAUUCCAUUAUAGUCCAGAUCCUGCAGCUGGUUUUAAACAUGCCAUGUAUACGUUAGUGGGAUUAGUAAUUGCUCUGUUAGCACUCCUGUUGAUAUGCAUUGUCCUUUUAAAAAAGAGAAACAGACAAAAUGAAAGGCAUUUGCAUAUGGGCUACUAGGAUAGUGUUAUUUUUGU